AUGGCGCCGUCGCUGUUGGAGCAGCUCAACGGUGAGAGGGCUGUGGUUUUGCUCUAUGUUGGUCGGAUUCUCUUCUCCUGUCCCCUCUCUCUCCUCCCCGAGGCAUUUUCUCUCUCUUUCCUAUCGUUAUUCGCUCUAUCCGUCGAGAUUCCCGCCGAUGAUGCCUCCAAUCCUCUUUCGUACCACUUCAAGACCAGGCCUGGAGCAUCUUCUGGAAUUUUCUUGGGCACAGUUACACUCCCUGGUCUUCUGGUCUCUAGGUUGAUACAAAUUUUGAGAUCAGAAUCAUUGCAGGAAGUUCGAAAAGAGGAGUUUGCAUAUCUCAAGUUGCAGUAUUGGGCUGCAGCAGCCACUUGUCUCAGUGUGCUAAUUUACCUUUCCAUUGUUUGUCAAAGUCAGGGGAAGAGUACUAAUUCCAUAUGUUCUCACUCCAAGUGGAGUCCAGUAUAUAGUUUCAUAUGCACGAUCUUGCUAGUAGGGUUUAGCGUGGCAUCAUUAUCUGGAAAAUUAUAUGGUGUUUGGUCACUGACGUUGAUGUCGUUAUGGGUGCUCGUUCAUGGACUAGCAGCCGUUACAUUAAUUCAGAAAAUCUUUCAAAUGUUCCCUGCAUGUGCUUCCAUAGGGGAAUCCCUUCUAGUGACCAGUGGCCUUGUAGUCUAUUUUGGUGACAUGGUUGCAUAUACUUUUGCAAAUCAGUGUGCCCUUCGAAGCAGCAAGGAACGAUUCUGUAUUUUAUUGAUUUAUUGGCGUCACCUUUGCUACUUCAUGCAGGGAACAAUUUGUGGACUGCUUAUUUUUCCUGUUUUUUACAAGUAUGUUGUUGCAAUGUGGGAAUACUUUGCCAGCUUGGGUAGCAAUGCUUGUCAUAGAGACAGUGAUAUGAGAAGAUCUCUUGUUUUCUAUGGCUCAAUCACAUUUAUGUUGGUUGUGGUUGUUCCUUCAUGGAUGCAAUUUGUGCAUGCUUUUCACCUGCACCCAUUGUUAUGGGUUGUUGAGUUUGUUUUAUCAGAACCACAGAAAAGGCUUACUCUAUGCAUCUAUUGGCUGGUUAUCAUAUCUUGGUGUGUUAGACGAUUUUACGACAUAUCAAAGAAUAGUAAGACAGAAAGGAUACUUCUUCGCAAAUACUAUCAUCUGAUGGCUGUGUCCAUUUUUGUUCCCGCCCUUAUAUUCCAGCCGAAGUUUCUUGAUCUUGCUUUUGGUGCAGCUCUGGCAGUUUUUCUUUUAUUGGAAAUUAUACGAAUAUGGAAAAUCUGGCCUUUAGGUCAUCUGGUCCAUCAAUUCAUGAAUGCUUUUACAGAUCACCGAGAUUCGGACCUUCUGGUUGUCAGCCAUUUUUCUCUGUUACUGGGAUGUGCAAUUCCAAUCUGGCUGUCUUCGGGUUUCACAGAUCGACCGCUUGCCCCUUUUGCUGGUAUUCUGAGUCUUGGUAUUGGGGAUACUAUGGCAUCAAUGGUUGGCCACAAGUACGGAGUUCUUCGCUGGAGUAAAACCGGAAAGAAAACAAUUGAAGGUACUGCUGCUGGCAUAACCUCAGUUCUCGCUGCAUGCUUUCUUCUACUUCCGCUUCUAGCAGCUACUGGUUACAUUUUCACUAUGCAAUGGUUUUCGUUGAUUUUGGCAGUGACCACCAGUGGCCUGUUAGAGGCCUACACGGCCCAGCUUGACAAUGCCUUCAUACCUCUUAUUUUCUACAGUCUGCUCUGUUUGACGGGAACGGGCCAGCUGGGGACGAGGACCAAAUUGGCGCCGAGUUGGGCCGCCAGGUUAGAAACAGCAUUAGCGGUAGUCAAGUGGACGGAUACGAGUCAAGGUUCUGAGUCAAGUGGACGAGUACGAGUCAAGGCGCCCCAUCCCAUAAAAGGCGAAGGCCAAGUGGGGGCAAGCGCUGACGGAUGGGUCACAGGUCGGGUAGGAAAAGGCAGAUGGCGAAGGUCGGUCAGAGAGUCAGUAGGAAACGUGGGACGAAAACGUGCCGACGGGACGUUUCUCACAGGCCAGUAA